AACAGCGACAUCCUCGACCAGAACCACCAGCGCAAAGACCAGAGCAGACUAGUGAAUGAGCAACAUCGAGAACUUCAACACUGUCGAUCCCUUUGCAGACACGGGCGACGAUGAGACUCAGCCUAAAAACUACAUUCACAUUCGUAUCCAGCAGCGAAAUGGACGCAAGACCUUGACGACCGUGCAGGGAUUGCCCGUCGAGUUUGAUCAGAAGCGUAUCCUCAAAGCACUCAAGAAGGAUUUUGCUUGCAACGGCACCAUCGUCAAGGACGCAGAAAUGGGCGAAGUCAUCCAGCUGCAGGGCGACCAGCGUCUCAAGGUGUCUGAGUUUCUCACCUCUGAGCUCCCGAUUCCAAAGAAGAACAUCAAGAUUCACGGUUUCUGAGUAGGGAUAUAGAAAACACAAGCUACGCUUCAAUCUGCCUCGCAAUCUGCGUCAACGACACCAACAUUUGACCAAUCUCGUGCUGAACACCAGCUGCAGGGCCGCGCGCUGCUUGCUCCGUCAAUGUCGCGUGUGUUUCUGCCAUACGCGCAGCUUGUGCUUGCAAAGUCUGUUUCUGAAGCACCAACGCUUCCACGCGAGCCUUGCGCAUGUUGGUGUCUGCUUGUGCUUGCGACAGAGACACGCCCAAUGUUUGCUGCUUUGACUGCAGUGCCUUGAGUGACAUGACGGGCUGAGGACGUUGCUGGCGAAGCUG